AUGCCAGUCACGGACGAGGGCAUGCAACAUCAAAAGAGCACAAGUCCCUCGGGCGAGCCGAGCUCGGCGCUUACAUCAAGCUCGUCGCCAAAGACGGGAAUGCGAAGACUGUUCAAUAGGCGAUCCAUCAGCAACUCAAAGAGACCAGCUAGGACAUCUGCCGCUGAGCCACAGCCAACGACCAGCGCUUCGACCCCGGCUUCAUCUCGCUCAGCAAAUGUACCGUCAGCAUGCGUGUAUGAGAAUGGUGCAGGCGGUGCUCUGACAACAUCGGCCACUGCGCUGCCCGAGGGUGGCCCUGCUCAAGCUGAGAUCUCGCCGGCGGCCCGGUUCGCGUCAUCCGCCGACCCGUUGCCGUCGAAAUCAAUCGAAUCGGCUCAGGGAAGACGUGGUGGAGAUCUCGCCGAGGAUGCUGUGCGAGAUGUUAGCUCCCCUCCACCAUCCAUCCUGGCAAGUGCGAACGCGUCGACAUCAGGGCUGGCCUCACGUCGUCCGUCUGCGGCAGGUUUGCAACUUCAAACUUUCAACCUACCAGACCCAGGCAUCACCUUCUCGCCAGCUCCCGACAGCCGAGACUCUCCGACUCCUAUGGCUGGCUCGCCAAAGGCACGGAACAGGCAAGCUGCAAUGCUUCACGCGGUGAACAGCGCCGAGUCAUCGAGCUCUAGAGCAGAAGAGGCCACAAGCGCAACAUCUGGCAUCUCCUCCGGCCGGACCCCGCGUAGGCUGAUUCAUAGGAUCGCCGCAAGCACGGACAACGGCGGCUCCUCCUCACACGAGGCGAACACCGGGACCAAUGGCGUCAAUCCGCGUUCUCCUCAUCCGUUCAGAGCGCUCGCUGGAAGCAGGUCUCGACAUCACGUUGGGAUCGGAAGACCCGUACGCAGCGGUACAUUCAUCCCUGCGCCUGGCCAGGUCAUUGAGGAGCGAAGAGUGUCUCUACCGGGAGCAGAGCCCGUCGUUCCCUCUUUCCACCCAGCUGCGCCCAUUGCUCUCCGAGCUCCAAACGAAUCACAGCCGCUCACUUCUCCGCUCGCCGAUCCAGUCGAUAUCGAAGCUGGUAGUGAAGAGGUAGCCCCAAAUGGUGCCCGAGCCCACACGCUGAGGUUACAGCGCCCGCAAAUCAAAAUUCGUUGCAUCACUUGGAACCACGGCAACAGUGUGCCAAAGGGCGAUCUGGAGGUGCUCCUCGGUCGUGUGGGAGAGUACGUGCCUCCCGAGCCCGGCUGGGAUGAGAGCGGAGACGAGGAUGAGACGGAAAAUGCGCCAUCAGAAGCCGGCGCCAAGGAUGAGCAAGUGGCGGAGAAAAAGGCACCCAAAUCGAAGGGCAAGGGUGUAGCUGGACAAGAGUCGAUUCCCAGAAAGGAUCGCAUCCCACCCCUCGUGGCAGACGAUGCGCAUCCGUACCAUGUCAUCGUGAUAGCAGGUCAAGAGUGUCCUUGGGGCGAUGGCAAGCGCUUAGCAGCCGGCGUGGCAUUGGCUGGCGAGCUGAGCGACUUGGCCCGAAGCAAGAAUAGAGCUAUACCCAAAGAGAAAGAUAGGGAGAAGGAGGAGAAGGAGAGGGAGAAGAAGGAGCGCAGGGAGGAAAAGGAGAGAGAAAAGCGCGAGGAGAAAGAAAGAUUGAAGCGAGAGAAGGACGCUGCAAAAGCCAACGGCAAGGAGCUCGCUUUGCAAGAGGACAAGCAAGCCGGGUCCCACUCAGGCAAGAUCGUGGAUGGAGAAGAUACUGGUCCAACCACUCGAGACGGUGGCGUGCCGCACUCGGCAUCUCUUAGCGAGAUGCGGGUCCAAGACUUUGGAGCGAUGGCCCCCUCGAUCCCACCUUCUCCGAUGCCUGCUACAUCGGCAGUCGAUGGGUACUUUGAAAGUCCGGCCUUCAGUCCGCCGCAGAGCGGAGUUCCUAUGACUCCCUUAGCGGCCGGUUCCUUUCCAUUUUUGGGGCUUGGUGGUGGUGGUGGAGUCAAAGGUUGGUCAGAAAUGUGUGAAGCUUGGCUUUGCCAUGGUCCUGUUGCUCAAUUAAGCGCAAUAAAGGGCACGCCGGCUUCUCUGGCGCAGCUGGCAAAUAGCUCGAGCACUGCUACUCCUAAUCCUAUGUCGGAGACGAGUACGGAAAUAGAGCCUUCUGUGGCGGCAUCGCGUACAAACACGCCUAUCCCGAUAUCCGGCAGCAAACACGAUGUGCCUAAGCUGAAGCUGCGAACAGAUGCUCUGAGCGUUGGUGGUGGCAAAUCUGCGCCUGAAGACGGGAAGCAUAAACAGGCUCUGAGCCCAAGCACGCCGCUGGACGGCCCAGCCCUAGGAGCUGCAGGCGGUUCCCCAGCCAAGAAAUCUGCUCUCGCUGCAGCAGCUGGCCUCGCGACGUCACACGCGCUGGCGGUCCCGCACAGCAUUUCUCGCAACAACAGCUCCAGCCGGCUGGCGCCUACCUCGUUUGGGAGUGUUGCAGAUCUUCCGUCGCCUGGCUUGCUCUCGCCAAGCGAAUUUGGUCUCAUCAGAGAGCCGUCGCCGCCAGAGCAAAAGACAAAGAUCGAAGAGCAGGAACCUCCCACCUUACAGACGCAGGAGCAAAGCUCUUCGCACCACCGACACCUCAUAUCACGCUUCGGUCAGCAUCAUGACGGAACGCCGCGCACGCUAGGCCCCUAUGAGCUUGUGAUGAAAGAGCGAUGCUACAUGAUGUACAUGGCGGUGUACGUCUUCCGCGGUGCUUUAGACCGCGUGCGUGGAGUGUCGCGAGGCCAUGUUAAAUCUGGACUGCUGGCGGGGCGCGUUGGCAACAAGGGCGGAGUUGGUAUCAGUCUUAAGCUCGGCUUGACUCGUCUCUUGUUCGUCAAUGCGCAUCUUGCAGCUCACGAGGGCAAAGUCGCAGAGCGCAUUGCAAAUGUGGAGAAGAUUAAAAGGGAGUUGAAGGUGGACACGUUUCUACCAGAGACAGAAUCCCAGGAUGAGGAUAUCACAGCUAGAUUCGAUCACUGCUUCUGGAUGGGUGAUCUCAAUUGUGAGUAAGGGCGAUCAACCUCGAGAAGGCAGCUGACAUUGAUUUGUAUUUAUGUCCAAACAGUCCGUGUUGAUAUUACGAGAAAGCACGCAGACUGGCUGCUGAUGCAAAAGCGCUACGACCAGGCGCUAGAAUUUGAUUAG